UUCUUCAUUGACCUCCACCGUUCCUUUUCUUUACAACCACUCUCCCCCCCGUUCAUUUCCCUCUAUCGACAUGUACAUAUCUCGUUCUUUUUUCUAGCGUCCGCAUAUCUGAUCAACACUACCUCCCCUACUUUUUGUGCCUCACACAUCCCUACUACCCAAGUGAGUCUUCACAACCGAGAAGAACACAACAGAAAGCAAACGUUCAUACUUUUUCACAACUGCAAAAAAGAUAAAAAAAAACAACCCCGAAAUGAAGUUCUUUGCACCGUCACUUGCCGGAGCAUUGGUCUUGGUCACUAUCGUUAUCACCCCCCGCACCCAAUUCAUCAAUGCCGAGGGUCUGUGGUUCAUCCGGAGCAACAAACCCGUCCAUGCCCAAGAGAACCAGUACGAGGUCAAAGACGCCCAAAACGACAUCAUACCUCAGGCCCACGAUAUCCUGCACGCCUCAAUCGCCGGCUCCUCGGAUCUACCAACCACAACACUCGACGUCUCGAACACUCCAGCGACACCACCUCCCGGAUACGAACCUACGUUGGCGACCAUGAUCAAUACCCCUAAAGCCCCGGACGAACCAUAUUUCCGGUAUGCGGUCAUGGAUGCGGUCCGUGAGAAAGUUGGUCGUUUCACCGAUGCUGCCAAAGCUGCGAUCGCCCCCAACACAGAGGAUGAGAUCUUUCUGAACGAGGGCCUCGAUGAAGGGGCGACCGUGCCACUGGGCAAUAAGGAGACAGUUAUCGAGGAUGAGGACAAGAAGAAGGGCCAUAUCCUGACCAGACGCGGAGAUGCAGUCCCCAAUCAUGACAACGACAAUGCAGAGAAGGACGCGCAUAGCCAUCACCGCUUCAUGAACUGGUUCGCCUCUAUGCUCUCUGCAUCCGGAACCUCCUUGGAAGAAGUAGAUGUAGAGGCCACCACUCAGGAUAGUAAAGUUUCAACCAAACCUGGAAACGACGGGCCUGAUCAUGUCCAGGUCUCUGAUAUUAAACCCAACGAAAAUCCAAGCCAUGGCGACGGUCACAUCGUUAGAAUCCUGCGGAUCUUUUUUGACAAGGUCAAGCGAGUCAUACCGAUAGACUUGGGCGGGGAAGAAGAAGCAGAGGCCGAAGAUGAUACCGACAACAGCCUCACCCACCCAGCUCACAUCCUGAAGGAUCAGGAGGAAUAGACUUGCAGAGGCCAAGAAGGCCACUGCGGAGAAGGCCACGACCGAGAAACUGAGGAAGGAUUACGAGAAAGAAAUAAAAAGAAG